AGUGCGCUCAGACAGAGAGGACUAUGGGGUGGCUGCUGUGCUAGUUUCUGCUUUACAUGCUGUUUACGAGGUUUUAAUAUGACUCACACGGUUGUCCUGUGUUUCAUUCUGUUCCUGUGUUUUAAUGUAGUUGCACAGUUGAGGAAUAAUGGACACCGACGGCAGGAGUGGCCCGUUCCCUACAGACGCUUUGAUCGUCGGCCUGAUGUGGACUCUUACUGUGAAGCCCUUUACCCAUUCUGUCCAACGGGUGACCCUGAAGGACGGAUACCCUACAUGAGAGACAGUGAUGUCAUCUCAGUCUAUCGACUACAAACACCUGUGUGGGAGUUCAAGUAUGGGGAUGUGCUGGGGAAAUUACAUAUCAUGCAUGAUGCUGUUGGGUUCAGUAGUGCAGAGACAGGAACCAACUACACCAUGGAGUGGUAUGAGCUGUUUCAACUGGGCAAUUGCACCUUUCCUCACAUUCGACCCGAGGUCUAUGCACCGUUUUGGUGCAACCAGGGAGCUGCGUGCUUCUUUGAAGGCAUAGAUGACUUACACUGGUCACAAAAUGGCACAUUGGAGAAAGUAGGAGAAAUUACUGGGACUCAGUUUAAUGACAUGGCCCAGUGGGUCCAGGAAGACAACCAGACUGGGAUCUACUAUGAGACCUGGACUGUUCGCUCUGAGCCGAGCCCUAAUGCCACAGUGUGGUUUGAGUCUUAUGACUGCUCCCAGUUUGUCCACCGCACAUACAGGAAACUGGCUGAAUUGGGAGCCAAACUAUCCAGCCGAACACAAACCAACUACACAAAGAUCUACUUGUACAGCGGAGAGCCAACAUAUCUGGGAAACGACAGCGCCAUAUUCGGACAGCCUGCUCUCAAGAACCUGGCGAUGGACAUCCGCAAAUUUUACCACCAGUUCAGACCUCACCAGUCGUUCACAGACUUGGCUCUUAGUUUGUUGGAGGCUUACGAGAAGGUCGUGUUGGACAAGAGUUUCUACCUUUACUACAACUUUGAAUACUGGCAUCUGCCAAUGAAACCUCCUUAUGUGCAGAUUACAUAUGAAGAAGUGCCUUUGCCUUAAUGUUCCAGCAGAGAUAAUUUAAGAGCAGUAUUGGUAAUAAAACUGGAAAUCCUCAAAGUUAACCCAUAAAGACCCAGAGCUACUUUUGUGGCAGUGCCCAAAUAAAACUUUUAGAUUUAACCUUUUUUAAGUGAUUUAUCACAUUUAUUAUAAUAUUAUGGUCUGUAUUUUGU